AGUUAUAGUCAAUUAGACUAACAAGCUCGUUCUCUAAAGAAGAGACCCAUUUAUUUUUAUUUACAAAACAAUUCUUCAAAGAGUAAAACAUAUCGAAGUCAAUGGUAAUUGAUGAAACUUCAUGCGAUUUAUUGCACUUUAGUCGGUUUCCGAAGAACGCAGUGCGAAACGAUUAGUGUUGAGUGAAAGCCAAUGCAGUAUGGAAGUUAAAUUUUCAAUCAACAAUCGACCAUUUGCAGUGAAUCCAUCGAUUGUUCCCGUCGACACAACAUUGAAUACGUUUAUAAGAAGCUAUGCACGAUUGACAGGGACGAAGUUCAUGUGUUUGGAGGGAGGUUGUGGUGUUUGUAUUGUCAAUAUCACCAGAUUGAAAACAUCUACCAAUGAAUUGAGGUCAAUUGCAGUGAAUUCAUGCCUUUGUCUGAUUUAUGCUUGUCAUGGUUUGAACAUAACAACGAUUGAAGGUCUUGGCGGGCGCGAGUAUGGCUAUCAUCCGAUUCAGCACACACUGUACGAGUACAAUGGCAGUCAGUGUGGCUAUUGCUCGCCAGCAAUGAUUAUGAACAUGUACAGUUUACUCGAGCAGAACGGCGGCAAAGUAACCCAACAACAAGUGGAGAAUUCAUUUGGUGGGAAUAUUUGCCGUUGCACCGGAUAUAGACCAAUUCUAGACGCCUUCAAAUCACUUACCAUCGAUUCAACAAUCGGUGACAUUGAAGAUGUCGCCUCAACAUCAUGCUGUCGAUUGAAAAAAUCCAAACAUUAUCGACAUACUUCGAUUAGCUGCGGAACAACAACAUUGGGAGAACUUUGCAGUACACUGCAUUUGACAUUCGGUGACAGUCGAGUUUGGUAUCGUGUCACAUCUUUGCAGGACCUGCUCGACACAUUGAAGAACAUUAAAGAUGAAUAUAUGCUGGUUGCUGGCAAUACGGCUCAUGGAGUGUAUCGGCGUUCCACCAGCAUUAAACAUUUUAUUGAUGUGAACGCGGUGUCUGAAUUGCACAAAAUAUCGAGUCGUCGAAGCAAAUUAACACUUGGAGCCAAUGUAUCUUUGAAUGAAGCGAUGGAUAUUUUUGAAAGUGUUGGCGCUGAUAAGCCAGAUUUUUCCUACUGCCGAGAGCUUGCGAAGCAUAUUGACUUAGUUGCUACUGUUCCCGUUCGAAAUACUGGAACCAUUGCCGGUAAUUUGAGCAUCAAGCAUCAGCACAAUGAAUUUCCAUCGGAUAUAUUUCUUCUACUGGAAACGGUUGGCGCUGAACUGAAUAUCGUUUCACUCGACGGUGCAAUUCAGUCGUAUUCACCGAAAGAAUAUUUAUCAUUGGAUAUGCGGCAAAAGGUCAUUUUGAAUGUAAAUCUGCCAAAGUUAGACGCUAAUCAGUUUACGUUUCGAUCGUAUAAAAUUAUGCCCCGAGCUCAAAAUGCGCAUGCCAUGGUAAAUGCCGGCUUCCUAUUUGAAUUCGAAACGGCCGGUGUAAGAAAGUCGGUGAAAUCGUGUCGAAUUUGUUAUGGUGGCAUAAAUCCGAAUUUUAUCCAUGCCGAAGAAACUGAAAGUCUUCUGACUGGCGUCGACGAUUUUUAUACGAACGAAUGUGUGCAGAGAGCUGUUGCUUGUUUACAGCAUGAAUUAAAUCCGGAUACCGUCCUACCAGAUGCAUCGCCGGAAUAUCGAAAGCGGUUAGCGACAUCACUGUUUUAUCGCUUUUGCUUGAAUACAACAACGCGAAAGGCACGUUAUGAAUUUCGAUCGGGAGCCACAGCAAUUGAACGACCCAUAUCAUCUGGGAUGCAAUCAUUUGACACCAAUGAAGAUCUAUGGCCUCUGACUGAGCCAGUUCUGAAGAAUGAAGGUUUAAUUCAAUGCGCAGGAGAAGCACAAUACACUAAUGACAUGUUCAGCCAUUAUCCGGUUGCAGAAGAACUCUGGGCAGCAUUUGUGCAAACAACCGAAUUUCAUGAGAAAAUCAUGAAAAUUGAUCCAUCGAAAGCAUUGAAAAUCCCAGGCGUACACAGUUUUUUUACCGCCAAAGAUAUUCCCGGGAAAAAUUCAUUUACACGUCGGGAGCCAAACGUUGGUAUGCUUGAGGAUGAACGCAUUUUGGUCGAGAUUGAUUCAAUCAUUCAGUAUAACGGUCAGCCAUGUGGCAUUAUUGUUGCGAAUAGCAUGGCGCUAGCAAACUACGCUGCAACUCAAGUGAAAAUCACAUACAAAAAGAUUCGUGGAAAAGAACCACUAAUCAUUGGCAAUGUGUUAAGUGUCAUCGAUUCACUUCGAGAUCAACCAAAUGAACCAAUUAGCCAAGUUGAAGAAGAGCCACCAGCCGAAGCGAACAACGAAGCUGUUCCAACGGUUGCCAUUGCCGGUGAAUAUGAAAUCGGCACACAAUACCAUUAUCCAAUGGAGCCGCAAACGGCAUUUUGUAUGCCAGCCGAUGAUGGGGGAAUAAAUGUGUAUGCUGCCUCGCAAUGGCCAGACAUGGUUCAAUUUGCAAUUAGUCAAUCGCUUGCAAUUCCGCACAACAAAAUAAACAUCACUGUUCGGCGUGUGGGUGGGGCAUAUGGAUCAAAAAUUGCAAGAAGUUCAUUAGUUGCCAGUGCUUGUGCAUUGGUGUGUUAUUUAACCAACCGGCCGGUUCGAUUUGUGAUGACAAUGGAGUCGAUGAUGUCGAUUUGUGGCAAACGUUACCCAUGCGCGAAUAAAUACAAAUUAACAGCGGAAGCAAGUACAGGGAAAAUUCGAAGUCUAAACAAUUUCUAUGUGCAAGACUAUGGAUAUUCAUUGAAUGAAAUGAAUGAUGAUGGCGCUUUGAAUACGUUUUUAUUGGGCUAUGUGUCGAAUCGAUGGCAGAAUUCUGGCAAGAGACUCCUGACAAAUGUGAAUUUAAGCAAUUGGGCUCGUGCACCCGGCACCACUGAAUCGAUUGCGAUGGGUGAAACGAUCAUCGAACAUCUUGCACACAAACUGAAAAUGGAUCCAGUUCAAGUUCGUCUCAAUAAUAUGGCCGAACGCGAUUCUUGGAAAUUAUCAGUGGAAUCAAUCCUAACGGAUAUAGAUUAUUACGAACGCCGAAGAGAAAUUGAACGAUUUAACGAUCGAAAUCGUUGGCGCAAGCGUGGCAUUGGGUUUAUACAAAUGAAAUUUCCAAUUGGUUAUAUUGGCGCUUUUUCGUCGUACGUUGCCAUUUAUCACGGUGAUGCAACGGUUAUCGUGAGCCAUGGUGGAAUUGAAAUUGGUCAAGGCAUAAAUACGAAGGCAGCACAAAUGGCAGCAUUUGCUCUCAACAUUCCAUUAGAAAUGGUGCAAGUGAAGGCAACCAAUAAUGCAACUGGUCCAAAUUGUAUUUUCACUGCAGCUACUGUAGGCAGUGAUAGUGUUUGUUUGGCUACCAAGAGAGCAUGUGAAAUUCUUUUGAAGCGAAUCAAACCGAUUCGCGAUCGAAUGCCCGAGAAUGCCAAAUGGCAAGAAAUUAUUGAAGCGUGUCAUCAAAAUUUUGUCGAUUUAACUGCUAGGUACACGUUCAUUCCCAGUGAUUCAAAGAACUAUUUUGUGUAUGGAUGUUCAUGUGCUGAAAUUGAAUGGGAUGCACUCACGGGCAAUUUGCAAAUUCAGAGAGUGGAUUUGAUUGAGGACACCGGACGCAGCAUGAGCCCUUUGAUUGAUGUUGGUCAAGUCGAAGGCGCCUUCAUAAUGAGCCUAGGCUAUUGGCUGACGGAGAAAUAUGUUUACGAUCAACAAAGCGGACAACUCUUGACAAAUCGAACGUGGCACUACAAAACACCCGGAGCCAAAGACAUUCCAAUUGAUUUUCGUGUAAAAUUCAUCGAAACUGAAAACACCAACAACAGAGUGGGUGUGCUUAGGUCAAAAGCCACCGGUGAACCAGCAGUGGCCCUGGGUUAUGUUGUGGUUUCUGCCUUACGCCAUGCACUUAGCUCGGUGCUCAAAGACAAUGGACAGAGUGACACCUUUCUUCCAUUGGGCUCUGGUCUCACACCAGAUGAACUCUGCUUGGCAGCCCCUGUGAAUAUGGAUCACUUUUUGAUAGAAUAAAAUACAGUUUUUUUGGUGAAAAUAGAUUAAGCACAUUUAAUCAAAUCAUUUCUAAGUUAAGACACUGAAAUUAAACGGCAAAAAAACGGUGCAAAAUCUCA